AUGAAUAGCGCCAUCUCAACGCCCGACCUGCAGAUCCUUGACCAAUUCCCGCUCAACUCCUCUCACCACCUAUGCACACAUGCGUUCACACCACUACCUCCACGAUUCCCAACACAACCGCCGUUGAGUAGCUAUAUAAGCCGCGAAUUUACACCCGCUCUACUCGACGCUCUUGAUACAAGCGUCACGCGCUCAAAAACACUACGGAGAGAUUGGAACUGCUUUUGGCAUGCUGGUCUCCAACCAAAAACAGAGCAACGCGAAGCCGCAUAUCGACACUGGCGCAACUCACCUGAUAACUGGGAAGUACGCGCACGCCUAUGGAUACACUCUGUUGGCACUGGUCCUGGGUUUCUAUUUUUUGACGCACAGCCCAAUAUGUCCCCAUUCACGAAAGGCAUAGCAGCCGCACCUAGCAACUACAGACCAAUCAGUCUAACCAGUGUGUUUUGCAGAGUACCCGAGCGGUGCUUACUACCUAAACUUCUAAGCGCAAUGCCUGCACCAGAUACUCCUGCCCAAGGUGGUUUCCGCCAUAGACGUGGAGUAUUCGACGAGGAAUCGCACUAA